AUGCUGUCUCUCCGUGCCCUGCGAUCCUCGUCGCUCCGUGCGGCCACCAAGGCGCCCCUCGCGCGUGGCUACGCCACCGUCGCAGAGGAGGCUGCCGAGAUCAACGCCGCCCUCUUUGACAAGAAGGUCGACAUGAGCCCCCUCGAGAAGGGCAAGGGCUACUACGUCAACUACAAGCGCAUCGACGACAACCUCAAGGUCGUCCGCUCCAGGCUCAACCAGCCCCUGACUCUUGCUGAGAAGAUCGUCUACGGACACCUUGACCAGCCCGAGACUCAGGAGAUCAGCCGUGGCAACUCGUACCUCAAGCUCCGACCCGACCGAGUUGCGUGCCAGGACGCCACCGCCCAGAUGGCCCUGCUCCAGUUCAUGUCGGCCGGCCUCCCCACGGUCGCCGUCCCCUCGACUGUGCACUGCGACCACCUGAUCGAGGCCCAGAUCGGAGGCGCCAAGGACCUUGCCCGCGCCAUUGACAUCAACAAGGAGGUCUACGACUUCCUCGCCACCUGCACCGCCAAGUACGGCCUCGGCUUCUGGAAGCCCGGCUCCGGCAUCAUUCACCAGAUCAUCCUCGAGAACUACGCCUUCCCCGGUGGUAUGAUGAUUGGCACCGACUCGCACACCCCCAACGCCGGUGGUCUCGGCAUGGUUGCCUGCGGUGUCGGAGGAGCCGACGCCGUCGACGUCAUGGCCAACAUUCCCUGGGAGCUCAAGUGCCCCAAGGUCAUUGGUGUCGAGCUCAAGGGCAAGAUGAGCGGCUGGACGACGCCCAAGGACAUUAUCCUCAAGGUGGCCGGCGAGCUCACCGUCAAGGGCGGUACCGGUGCCAUCAUCGAGUACAAGGGACCCGGUGUCGAGUCGCUCUCGUGCACGGGUAUGGCCACCAUCUGCAACAUGGGUGCCGAGAUUGGUGCCACCACCUCCGUCUUCCCCUACAACGAGCGCAUGGGCGACUACCUGCGCGCCACCAAGCGUGCCGACAUUGCCGACCUGGCCAAGGGCUUCCAGAAGAACCUGCUGCCCGACCAGGGCGCCGAGUACGACUCGCACCUCGAGAUCAACCUCAGCGAGCUCGAGCCCCACAUCAACGGCCCCUUUACCCCUGACCUUGCCACCCCCAUCUCCAAGUUUGCCGAGGAGGUCAAGAAGAACGACUGGCCCGAGGAGCUCAAGGUCUCGCUGAUCGGCUCGUGCACCAACUCGUCGUACGAGGACAUGAGCCGCUCGGCCUCGAUCGCCGAGGAGGCCCUCGCCCACGGCCUCAAGACCAAGGCCAAGUUCACCAUCACCCCCGGUUCCGAGCAGAUCCGCGCCACCAUCCAGCGCGACGGCAUCAUGGAGACGCUCGAGAACGCCGGCGGCAUGGUCCUCGCCAACGCCUGCGGCCCCUGCAUCGGUCAGUGGGACCGAACCGACGUGCCCAAGGGCGAGAAGAACUCGAUCAUCACGUCGUACAACCGCAACUUCACCGGCCGUAACGACGCCAACCCGGCCACCCACGCCUUUGUCGCCUCGCCCGACCUUGUCACCGCCAUGGCCUUUGCCGGUCGCCUCACCUUCAACCCGCUCACCGACUCGCUCAAGGGCGCCGACGGCAAAGAGUUCAAGUUUUCGGACCCCUCUGGCAAGGAGCUGCCCCCUCGCGGCUACGACGCUGGCGAGAACACGUUCCAGGCUCCCCCGGAGGACCGCGCCUCGAUCGAGGUCGCCGUCGACCCCAAGUCGGACCGCCUGCAGAAGCUGGAGCCCUUCAAGCCGUGGGACGGCAAGAACCCCACCGACUGCCCCGUCCUGAUCAAGGCCAAGGGCAAGUGCACCACUGACCACAUCUCGGCCGGUGGCCCGUGGCUCAAGUACCGUGGCCACCUGCAGAACAUCUCCAACAACUGCCUGAUUGGCGCCAUCAACGAGGUCAACGGCAAGGCCAACGAGGUCCAGAAUGUCUUCUCGGGCGAGUGGGGCCCGGUCCCGGCUACCGCCAUCUCGUACCGCGACCAGGGCAAGCCGUGGGUUGUCAUCGGCGACGAGAACUACGGUGAGGGCUCCUCGCGUGAGCACGCCGCCCUCGAGCCCCGUUACCUCGGCGGCUGCGCUGUCAUCGUUCGCAGCUUUGCCCGUAUCCACAACACCAACCUCAAGAAGCAGGGCCUGCUCGCCCUCGAGUUCCAGAACCCGGCCGACUACGACAAGGUGCGCGGCGACGACCUGGUCGACCUUGUUGGCGUCACCGAGUUUGCCCCCGGCAGCAUCAUCACGCUGGUGGCCAAGCACAAGGACGGCAGCAAGGACGAGAUCCCGCUGACCCACUCGUACAACGAGAACCAGAUUGGCUGGUUCAAGGCCGGCUCGGCGCUCAACCUCAUGGCCGCCGAGGCCAAGAAGCGCGGCGUCUCUGCAUGA